GUGUGGAGGUGGUUCCACCUGGUCCAGGUGUGUCUGGAGGUGGUUCCACCUGGUCCAGGUGUGUGUGGAGGUGGUUCCACCUGGUCCAGGUGUGUCUGGAGGUGGUUCCACCUGGUCCAGGUGUGUCUGGAGGUGGUUCCACCUGGUCCAGGUGUAUCUGGAGGUGGUUCCACCUGGUCCAGGUGUGUGUGGAGGUGGUUCCACCUGGUCCAGGUGUGUGGGGGGCUGUGUGCUGUGAAAGGAAGAUGGUACGAGUAUGUGUUACGGUCACCUGUUUCUGAGUUUCUGGCUGUUCAUCCAAAUGGACGUCUUCGGGUUAGUAGAACACAUGUUUACAUUUAGCAGAUGUGUUUGCCUUGCUAAGAACCCCUGAGAUGUUACUGGUUUUGUUUUUGUUGAAGUUGGCUUAUGGCCAAGUCCUUGUCUCUGGAGCCUAGCAUCUCACAGCAGAGUGAAGGCUUUUAUUGUUUGCUAGAAUCUCAAGCUAUCCUGGGUUCUAGAUGGUUCUGGUGGAAGGUUCAUGGUGGAGAGGCGGUUCCCACGAGCCUCGGGCAGAAAGUGCCUUUUCUCUUGAUGGUGCUGUACGAGUCCAACGUCAAAUCAAACCAGUCAAACGGUUUAAAUCCCUUUGCAGUGCAGCAGCAGCUGUGUUUACAAACCCGCACAGAACUCACCUCCGCUUUCAUUCAGACAGCAGGAGGGGGCGGGAAACCAACACAACUCACACGCACACACAAACACAGACUAUAUGCCAAGUAUGCUUGUGGUUUCACUUCCUGGCUGCAGACGGGUCAGUAGGGCGGAGCCUGCUGAAGGAGGAGGGGGUCUGCCUGGCCUCUGGAGGGUGAACCCAGCACAGCACUUUAUAGAUAGACUGCCACCUCACUCAGACGACAGGGGGAUGCCCAUCUGGGCUGCUGCGACCCGCCUGCUCCCUCAGUGCUACACUGGGAGUUCUCCACACCACACUGGGGGAUGCUCCUUGGUUACGGGUCUCCUUAGUGAUGGGUCUCCUUAGUGACUGUGGCAGCUGGGUGGAGCUUGCGUGUGUGUCUGAGGUCCAUCAGCAGGUUAGCCCCGCCCCCCUGGCGUUGUCCUAGCAGCCAGACUCUGUUCCUGUGAUGGAAGAAUAGGGGGCGCUGUUCAGCAUUCUGAGGCUGUAUGGUGCAAACUGAUAGGCAAUGGUAGUCAUGGUUACAUGUUGGGGGAGGGGGUUGUCCGGUGGGUACCUGUAAACGAGAGAUCUCAGAAACAGCUCUCGUACCUUGCUAUGCUGCAUAUGUUCUACCACAAGUGAGGAGCUGCAAAUGUCGCUUUGAUUAUUACGGUGUAAAGCUCAAGCAAUGCCUGAUUACAUUGUUCCUAUAACUAUUUUAGAGACAGAAGUAUAACUAAGAUAUUCUCUUUUCUCGUAUCCCACUUUGAAAGUUGUUCUUCAUUGAGCCGACUUUUAAAUUUUGUCCUAUUUAAAUGUGUUGUUCCUUUUAAUAUAUAUAUGAAAUAUAUAUGCGAAAUAUUUUAUGGUUUAUUUAUUGAGUGCAUAGAAGCGGCUGGAGUCUCCGCAGAAUCUGGCAACAAGCUGGGGGGCGGAGCCAGAGAGCUGAGGGUUUGGCCCCUCCCCCUCUUUGUGCUGGGGGCGGAGCCAUAGAGCUGAGAUCUUGGCCCCUCCCCCUCCCUGUUGCUGCCUUAUUCUACCCACAACACAAGCACAAUGACACGGUGGGGGGGGGGGGGGGGGGGGGGGGGGGAUAGGCAGACCCUUGGGUCUAGCAAUCUGAUUGGUGAAAGUGAAGGGUGCAGCCUCCAUAUCCAGUAGGGCUCCGUGCAUGGAGAGUCCAUCCAAGCCUUUACAGAAGGUCACGUGUCAUGUCCCAGAGAAACUAGCCUCGGCCUUAAAUGUGUUCCUGCAUCCCAGGACUCCUGGAGACGUGGGAGCGAGCCUACUCUACAGCCCUCUUGUAACUACGAACAGAGCUGCACGUGUUACCAUCUGACGGUAGGAAAGCCUUUACAAGUGGUCCCCGCUCCCAGACUGCGAUUAAAAAUAAAAAAGAAUAAAAUGCAUUUUUAUUUAAACUGCGCUUCAUUGUAAAGGCGAUCACACCGCGUAGGAGGUUGACAACAGGACCAUUGUGAAUGCUUCUCAUGAAGAGAGCUCGGUGCUGUAAUGAAUCGCUCUUUCAUUUCCCUGCUCUGUCCGACGGUCACCUGAAGGUUAGAGGCGUGGGUGCCUGUCCGUCCCGUGCACGGAUACACGCGCCGUUUUUCAUUAAACAUCUUGAACCGUCUGCUCUGUGGGCGUGCAAAUAUUGCUUGUUUUCAAUUCAUUUGCAUUCCAGUUAGGAUAACGAACCAAAUAAUGCAGAAAGAGAUUAUCUGACGCUGUCUUUCCCCCCACUUUGUACACCGUGUAAUGACAGACUGAGAAUGUUGACCUCUAAAUUUCUUUAUACAAGUUUUCCACUGUGCAGACUUUAGUGGUUUAGCUGUUGUGCAGCUGUCAGCGUUGUCGCAUCACAAGUGAUGUCGGACCAGACGACUCGUAGACACCGCUGAAUGUCACCAGCUGAAUGUUAGACGACAGCGACCAGCCGCCCGCGUCUCACCCCGACCGCUCUAUGUGUUUCAAAUACUCUGUUGUAGGCUACAAACGAUUCUUAUUUUCAGUUUUAAAUGUAUAUCUCUGUUUUAUAACUAUAUUUUAGGUUAACGGCCUUAGUGUUGCUUUGCUUCAGUUUGAAGUGUAUAUUUCACUAAUACUUGCAAUAAAAAGCAUUGCUUUACUCUGACUCUUGGUGUAUUUAUUACAGGGAAACACAUUGGUUCUGGUGUCCUAAUUUGUCAGACUGUCCAACCGGGGAUUACUGCAAAUUGACAGAUGUCUUCAAAAGUCUCUUCAAGUAGGACCAUAGAGUAGGUCAGAAGACAAUAUCGAUGCGCAGUCGCAUGUAGUCUGCGUAAUGUCUAUGUAGCCUUUAUUAGGGCGACAAAUGGACAUGUGUCUCCACUGCCAGGGUAGUGUGUAUAAUGUAAACUUUGUCAACUAAUUCCACCACUGACAGUUGCGAUCAAUUAUGACCUAACAGUACCCGUCGUUGCCUGGAUACGCACGCGGUGUUUACAGGCCAGUUCAAGACGUGGCAGGUGUCGCAUAACUGCCUUGUUAGCUUUCCGCUGGUUAAUUACACAGUUUCGAGCAUGGCCUCGCUGAGCAGAAAACCAGGCCGUGGGUACAGCAUGACAGACUGGGACACCAAUAACAAGCUGAUCUCAGACGCCACAGAACACCACCGCAGCCAAUCAGAGAGGGCGCGGCAGGAGGGGCAGGCCCUGACAGCUGAGACAACCUGCAAGGGCGUGUGCGGUGAGCGGGACUUCAGCGGGCGUCUUGUGAUCCGGCUCCAGGAGGUCUCCCAGCAGAGGCACGCCCUGCUGCGCUGCUCCCACCACCUGGACACAGAGAUCCACGCUCUCACUCAGGCGAGAAAGGAGUUAGAAGAAGUGAUGAUGGGGCUGGGCGCUCGUGUGGAGGUGGUGGAGGAGUGCUGGGCGCUGGGGGAGGGGCGGAGAGGAGGAGAGCUGAUCUCUGACCGUGUGGAGGCGGAGCUGAGGAGGGAGGCGGAGCUUAUUGACCUCACACAGCAACAGCUGCAGGAGCUCAGCAGCCAGGCCUUCCUGGUGCUCUGCCGCCUCCAGGAGACUCGCCAGCUGCUGACCUUUGACCUUAACAACAAGGUGGAGGCCCUGGAUGUGGACCUGGCCUGCCUGUCUGUCACAGACCAGACCACAGGCCUCUCCCUCAAGCCCCGCCCCACCCGCGGGCCUGCAGGUUCUUCCUCCCACCAAGAGUGGUCACUGUUUAGCCAGCGCAACAUGAGCCAGGCCCAGGAAGAGAUGCAGGCAUCCCUGAGGCUGAGAGAGAGCCUGACCUCCGCCAGGGCACAGAGCCAGGCAGACCUGGAAGCCCAGAGCAGCAGGUCAGGGUUCAGCCUGCGCAGGAACACCCACCUCCUCCACCAGGCCUUCAACCACCUCCGCUGGGAACACCACACGACCAAAGAGGAGAUCUCAGAGCUGGAGAGGGCGAUCCGCGGUGUGGAGCAGGAGCUGGUGGCCAGAGAUGCCCACCUGAAGCUGGUCCACACCAGGCUGGACAGCAGGACCUACCGGCCUGGCACGGAGCUAUGCAUGGACCAGGUGCAGUCCAGCCUGGUGGAUGAAGCCCGGCAGCUGGAAGUCUCUACUGCAGCUCUGAAGCAACACCGGGCCCAGUGUCAACACACCCUAAAGACCCUGGAGGAACAUCUUGCACGUCUGGAGUUCAACCUGGACCUGAAGCACGAGGCGCUGGAACUGACCCUGCGUAGCAACCAGACACGGCAACGCCUGGAGCCCCACCCCUCCUCCCCGCGCCCAGACACCCCCCCGCCCCACCCCUGGGAUUCUGCUGGAAGGCUGCUCUCUCAUAAACCCUAAA